CCGCGCGUCGCUACGUUGUGAGUGAAUCCCAGCCAGCUUCUAGUGUGGUGCAGUGAACUGUGUGUGGUUCCUUCUACUUGGGGACCAUGCAGAGAGCUUCACGUCUAAAGAGAGAGCUGAACUUGUUAGCCACAGAGCCACCCCCAGGCAUCACUUGCUGGCAAGAUAAGGACAAAAUGGAUGAUCUGCAAGCUCAAAUAUUAGGUGCGGCUGACACACCUUAUGAGAAAGGUGUUUUCAAGUUGGAAGUUAGCAUUCCCGAGAGGUACCCCUUUGAACCUCCUCAGAUCCGAUUUCUGACGCCGAUCUAUCAUCCAAACAUUGAUUCUGCUGGAAGGAUUUGUUUAGAUGUUCUCAAAUUGCCACCAAAAGGCGCCUGGAGACCAUCCCUCAACAUUGCAACUGUACUGACUUCUAUUCAGCUGCUCAUGUCCGAACCCAACCCUGAUGACCCCCUCAUGGCCGACAUAUCCUCCGAAUUUAAAUAUAAUAAGCCAGUCUUCCUCAAGAAUGCCAGGCAGUGGACAGAGAAGCAUGCAAAACAGAAACAGAAGGCUGAUGAGGAAGAGAUGCCUGAUGAUCUGCCAGAGGCUGGUGACUCAGAAGUAUGCAACACAACACAGAAAAGGAAAGCCAGGCAGCUGGGAGGCAUAGAAAAGAAAUUUUGCUCUGAUGCUUAGGGGUUUGUCCUGGUCGUAGUUAAUAUAUUUUUUGUUAAGAUGUUCUAAUUUGCCUACCUCUCUUGGAUGUUUUUCUUUGUAUUUGAUGACAUUAUCAUCUUUCGUGUCCUAUAAAACAGACCUUAUGUAUUUACGUAUUCUGCUCUACACUGAUUUUGAGGCUAGUUUGUUUUAUUUAGCUUGUACAUAUGUAGUUUGAAACCUUUUAAACCUGAAAAAUAAAUAACCACUUAAUGUUGAGUAUGUGUUUAUCCUGAAUGUGUGUCUGGGAGCAAACUGUCCAGAAAGCUAUAUAAUAAGAAUGUUAAAAUAUUUGGAAUUGUUGUCUCUUAUUUUGCCAACUUACCAACAUCACUAGGGACGCUGAACAUUUGACGUAGAUGUAAAAUGACUAUUGGACACAAUUCAGUUACCACCAGGCUUUCAAGGAUUCUAGGUUUUCAGGAGUCUUAACAGAA